GAUUGAUUGUCGUAAUUCCUGCACAUACCUAAGCACUGCACACCCUGUUACUGUCAGGUUACUGCAGACUUCAAAACAUGCUCUCCACCCAAUGGCAAGUUCAAUCGCGCUGUGCCUGUGUUGUGUUUUUUUUUUAUUUCAUUCAGACACGAUAGAACAGUAUCGAUCACCAGAUCUUAUUGAGCUAUAUUUACUGCGUAGACUUCAAACGAUGACCUGAUAAAUGUAAAAGAAAAUGAAAGACAAGAGUAGUUUAAUACAUACUUCACGGACUAAUAGAACUGUGCUGUAAGUUUUCCAAGUCAGAGGAUUAAAAUUUGUAAAUAAUUGAAAGCUGCACUAGGAAACAAAAACAAAUGUAGAAAAUACAGAAGUCUACAUCUGGAUGACACAGAAAUAGACUGGAUGUUAAAAUUAUGUUUAACCAAAUUCCUUCCAAUCUAUCCAUGACACAUUACGUUGUUGGACAAUUAAUACAUUCUAUAUUUCAAAGAAUGAUCAGAAGACCAUAAACUCAGAAACCACUUUCUUUGAAAUAAUCUCAUACGGUUAAAAAAUCUUAAACAUUUAACAAAUGUCGUCAGGAAUAUCCAGCACUUCGACUUCAGCUCCGUCAGAUGACAAAAAUAACGCAGCAGUUAUCGCUGGCAGUGUAGUUGCAGCAGUUGUCGUCAUUGUAAUCCUUGUAGUCGUCCUGGUUUUUCUUCUGCUGAAGAGACAAAAGCGAAAAAGACUUGAGCAAAAAGAAAUAUACGCCCAAAGAUUACAAGAGUACAAUAACGUCUCGUUUGUACCUGAUACUCCAGAGUUUGCCGGUACCCACCCAGAAAUUUUAAUAAAACGCUCUGUCGCUGACUCACCUAAAAACUAUGAAAGUCCCAAUAAUGGAACAUUCGCUAGUCAUCCAGUGACCACCUUGGACACGGACAAUUCUAAACAAACAGUCCAAGGGCAAAAUGUUUCGCCAUCUGCUGAGCCUAAAAGGAUGGUCAAACUCUCCAGCAAAAGAGCGGGUUUACAGAACGGCAACCUUUACGCUGUGGUCAGUAUCUACUCUGGCACUGACCACAGCAAUGAUAUAACUCAAACCGAGCAUUCUCAUUCCUCGGGAAACUCUUUGGAGAACAAAUCUCCGUUUUCUGAUUCUGGUUCAGCUUAUAAAGACAUUUCCAAUGAAAACAGUACAACGACACAAGCUAAACCUAUUGAAGGAUCUCAGGACACUGAUAAUACGAAGACCAAUAUAUACUUUGAAUUAGAGACGAUACAGGAUGAUCUAGAGGAUUAAAUGAGUAAAAGUGAUACUAAUAUUUAAAA